AUGUUCGAAGCUGAUAAAAAAAACUAUAUUUCCAUAGAUACACUUACUAAUCAAGAUGAAGCUAUAGAUAUCCCGACUGAAUUUCUUAACUCAUUAAAUCCAUCAGGUCUCCCCCCACACAAACUUGAUUUAAAAAUCGGUGCGCCUAUUAUUCUUAUGCGAAAUUUAAAUGCUCCCAAAUUGUGCAAUGGAACCAGAUUAAAAAUAUUAUCUUUGAAAAAAAACCUUAUUGAAGCUGAAAUUCUUACCGGCUCAGCGAGUGGUCAAAUGGUAUAUAUCCCAAGAAUACCAAUGAUAACAAACGAGUACCCCUUCGAAUUUAAACGUGUCCAAUUUCCAGUUAAACUUUGUUUUGCUAUGUCAAUUAAUAAGGCACAAGGACAGACAAUGAAAGUUGCAGGAAUUGACAUCAGCGAUUCAUGCUUCACUCACGGACAAUUUUAUGUUGCCUGCUCCCGUGUAAGCUCAGAAAAAAACUUAUACAUUUAUGCCCCUGGUGAAAAAACUAAUAAUAUAGUUUAUAAAGAAAUAUUGGUUAAUCGGUAG